AUGGCGAGUAGUCGUGCGGGUGGUAGUGGCGGAGGCGCUAGUGAUAGUGAUGGUUAUAGUGAUGAUGAAUUGGAUCUCGCUGUGCAAGAGGCGAUUGAUCGACGGAUCCGGCAGAGGCAGCAGGCGGCGGCGGCCGUGCCUCGGCCGAUCCAUCGCCGACGGCAUGUACCCCGGGACCACAUUGCUGCACAUAUUCGGUUGUAUGAGGACUACUUUGCUCCGCAGCCGCGUUUUGGGGAUGCCUUAUUCCGCCGACGUUUUAGGAUGCAUCGUCCUCUGUUUAUGCAUAUCGUUGGUGCAUUAGAGAGAAGGUACGAGUUUUUCAGGAUCAGGGAGGAUGCGGCUGGCAAACCCGGACACACGCCAAUACAGAAGUGUACGGCCGCAAUCAGGCAACUGGCGUACGGAGGCCCGGCCGACAUGUUCGACGAGUACCUCCACAUUGGGGAGUCUUCAGCCGUCGAGUGUCUGUUGGAGUUUUGCGCGGGCCAUCGAUUGUAUGCAUUGGGAGUGGAGGAACUGCCCCGCCGCCUGGAAGGGGAUACACACUUCCGGCUUCAAAGCCAAGCAUCCCACGAUGAUCCUUGA